AUGUAUAAAAUUGCCAGGUUUUUUGGUAACCCCGGUGUGCGCACAGAUAUAAAGCAACAAGCACCUAUUCCUUGUGAUCGAAGGCAAGAUGACUCUAAAAAGGGCUUAGAAGAGAUCAUUAGUAAAGAAAUUGAAACUGACUCUGAAUCUUCUUUAAAUUCUGUUCUUGGACAAGUUCAUGUUGAACAAAGUGGUGAUAUUAUUACCUCUAUUGGGUUUACAGGCUUGAGAAAGGGUAAAAUGGAUAAAGCUCUGGAUAAGUUAGUAGAAUAUGCUGGUUCAGUAUUCACAUUUGUGCUAAUGUGGAUUAUAAUGAUUAUAUGGGUGAUCAUGGGAAUAGUUUCGUCUGCAUCUUCUAACUGGCAAGUUGUUAUGCAAGAUGGGCAAUCUAUUCAAUGUUAUAUUUGGGACACUCUAUUGAUGAGACAGCAGUUAAUGUCUGCACAUGAGCACGUAUGUGUUUGUGCUGAAUUAAAAUCGCGUUUAACUAUAUUCAAAAAGCUGAUGUAUAGCAUUGCUAGUUCUUCUGAGAAGACAGAUUCAGACAUCGAAGAAACCUUGUACGACGAUAUUCCAGAAGUGACGGCCGAUUUACAGAACAAGACCUGGUAUGAUAGAUUGUCAUCGAAUAUUGCACACGUUAUAGGUUCCUGGUAUUUUAUUGUUAUUUAUUGGGCAGGAAUAUGUGUAUGGAUAGGUUGCGGUGCCUUAUAUCUCGAUGCAAACAACGAUCCUCCUUACACCGGUGAAACAACAGGGUCCAAUCCUAAAAAAACAAGGUUCGGAAACAUGUGGCAAAUGUAUAUCAACACUGCAACAGCCGUACUGAUGUUCUUUUGUACUAUAUUCUUGCAGAACUUAAGGGCAAGACAUGAUAGGUUUGUUGCCAAAUUCAUUAGAGAGAUAUUUGAAAUUGAUUUGAAAAUUGAUGUACUCUUAAGAGAUGAAGCCAAUGAUUAUUUUACUGAAUCAGAUGUGGUAUGCAUUAAGAGACAAAAGAGAAAUAGAGCAGAUUUUUUAAUAGAUUGGUACGGUGAUGUUGUUGGCACUGGUAUCGGUGUGUUGUUGGCUAUAGCAGUUCUAACAGCAUGGAUUGCAGUUGGCCAUCUUAUGGACUAUAGUGAUAACUGGUGGUUAAUUAUAGGUACCUACACCGGUUUAGUUGGAUUUUUCGAUGGGUUCGUUAUUAGACAGAAUUAUUUCCGUAUUGUGAACCAUGAGCAGGAAAACUAUUCAAGCGUUUUAUCUGAGGAAUAUGAAUUGUAUAGCAUAUUGGGUAUUCAAUGUCCCAAAAAUCUCAGCGAAAUUCCAGUCCAAGCCGAUAAAUCAGUAACCUACAGAGUUUCAGUAUUUAUCAAUAAGAUAUGUUCAAGUAAAUGGAGUGUGUUAGCGUCUCUCCUUAUAAUUAUUGGACUAAUAUCUGUUGCCUCUGGUAUGCAUUGGAGUCAAACGGGACAACUUUUAGCAAAUACCCCGACAAUGAUUAUAGAAGGGUUUUUCCUAUUAAUCCUUCUUCAAGCUCAUAACUGGGCCGAUAUUGAACGCAGGGCAGAAAUUUCGUUACUGCACAGUAGAAAAACAUUUAUGCUAACCUAUCUGGAAAAAAAGUUCAAAAGAAAAGCAAUAGACAUAAACUUAAACUGA